AUGGGCCAUGCUCGGUGCACUGGGCUGUGUCCUCCCCCGAAAUCCAUGCAAAGAACGGUGUCAAAUUCGGUGAGGCUGUGUGGUUUAAGGCCGGAGCCCAAAUCUUCUCAGAAGGUGGGCUUGAUUAUCUGGGAAACCCAAACCUCAUUAACGCCCAGAGCAUCCUUGCCAUAUGACCCAGUAGGACUGGCUGAUGAUCCAGAUCAAUUUGCAGAACUGAAGGUGAAAGAGAUCAAAAAUGGAAGAUUGGCCAUGUUUUCGAUGUUCGGAUUCUUUGUCCAGGCCAUUGUCACCGGAAAAGGCCCGAUUGAGAACCUCUACGACCAUGUUGCUGAUCCAGUGGCUAACAAUGCAUGGGCUUACGCCACUAACUUUGUUCCCGGGAAAUGA